AGGCCUUAUAUAUGCAGCUUGUUGCUGUUGUUUGUGAGUACAGACACUUUACAGAGGACCAACCCAAACCCACAGCCAGACAGCCACUCUGCCACCACCAUGAGAGAGUUCAAGAGCAAAAAAUUCUGGAGGGCCGUUCUGGCCGAACUGGUUGGCAUGACCCUUUUCAUUUUCCUUAGCAUCGCCGCAGCCAUUGGGAACCCAAACAACCAAAACCCAGACCAGGAGGUGAAGGUGUCUCUGACCUUCGGAUUGUCCAUCGCCACGCUGGCCCAGAGUUUAGGCCACAUCAGUGGAGCCCACCUGAAUCCUGCAGUUACCCUCGGGAUGCUUGCCAGCUGCCAGAUCAGCGUGUUCAAGGCCGUCAUGUACAUAGUGGCCCAGAUGCUGGGUUCAGCUCUGGCCAGUGGCAUUGUAUAUGGAGCACGUCCAAGUGCCAUUACUGCACUGGGGCUCAACUCUCUCAAUGGUGUUACUCCCAGCCAAGGCGUUGGCAUCGAGCUCCUGGCAACCUUCCAGCUUGUGCUGUGUGUCAUUGCAGUCACUGAUAAAAGGCGGCGUGAUGUCACCGGCUCAGCACCCUUGGCCAUUGGCCUCUCGGUCUGCCUGGGACACUUGGCAGCUAUCAGUUACACAGGCUGCGGCAUCAAUCCGGCUCGCUCCUUUGGUCCGGCUUUGAUCCUGAACAACUUUGAAAACCACUGGGUGUACUGGGUGGGGCCAAUGUGUGGCGGUGUAGCAGCAGCUCUCAUCUACGAUUUCUUGCUCUCCCCGAAAUUUGAUGAUUUCCCCGAACGCAUGAAGGUGCUGGUCAGUGGUCCAGUGGCCGACUAUGAUGUUAACGGAGGCAAUGAGACUACAAGUGUAGAGAUGACAUCAAAGUAGGGCUAUGAAGUCACAGCCAUCUAGUGUCCUUGUACAUGUCUAUACUCCCGUAAAACAAAGAAUUGGAUUUAGUGUAGGAUGCCAGACUUUUUUGUGCCCUUUUUGAAAUACCAAUGAGAAUUGUGAUGACGGGGUUAGUUAGUGUCUCAUUCUAAUUCACUCCUUUGUGUGACCCCCCACACACAAUUUUUAUCCAAACUGACGCUCAAACACAUAAGUCAAGGUUGUGGAUAUUUUGACGGCGCAGUGUGUUGAAUUUAUUUCCCAUAUCAGUAUUCUAUAUGUUGAGCCAUGUUUUUUUUUCUUUUGUAUACAUAUUUCUAUGUGCCUGUAUCACUUUUUAUUUCUGAUGAAUAAUGUAUUGUGUGUACACUCUUGAAAUGUCUCUCACUUUUUUAAGUAAAUAAAACACUUGUUGUUAA